AUGUUUCUCCUAAGAAGUGUUGUUUAUUUCAUACUAUUCGUACCCGGUUUCAAUAAUUAUCCUCAAAUUAAUCUUUACAUGACUGAUGAAACCAUCGACGACAAAAUGAUAGAUACUACACAUCAACAUAACUGUUUGUAUGUUGACACCUCUAUGAAUGAUGAGAGAAGUGCAGAUCAAGUAAUUUCCUAUUGCAUGAGUGAACAACCAUCAAAAUGGCACAUACACGCAAGUAAUCACGAUGAAGUUUUUACGUUUGCUGAACUUUAUCAACGAAAGAUCACUAGUCAUCAGUUAUGUACGUGGUCAGCACCAAUGGAUGUUGUCGAGAGAUAUCAAUUGUAUUUGAAUGAGCUUACUAACUCGAAUCAAACAUCAAUGAGCACACAACUUUUCUACAACUGCACGUUGCCGUACUUUGGUUCGGUAUGUCAAUAUUCGAUAGAUGGCUACAAUCCUCAUCAAUCGUCAUUAUAUGAAAUCAUUAAUCAAUUCUAUUCGUACGAAUAUGAAUCGAAUACAUUUACGUGCUACAUUCAUGUGCAAUGCAAUCGUGGCCAAUAUCCAUCUUGUCUUGAUUGGAGUGAAAUUUGUGAUGGGAAAAUUGACUGUAUGGAUGGUGGACUUGAUGAAGAACAUUGCUGGCAACUUGAAAUCAAUAACUGCGAAGAGGAUGAAUAUCGGUGUAGAAAUGGACAAUGUAUACCCUAUACGUUUUUCCGCGAUGAUCGUUUUGUUUCUGAUUGUCUCGAUGGAUCUGAUGAAGUUACAAAAACUCCUGACAUACUGGAUGAGUGCGAUAGAAGCGAACCAACACUUGCAUGCGAAGAUAUUGUAUGUGCGAUCAACUCUGACUAUGUUCACAGUCCUUUAACGAGUUCAUGUGACAAAAAACGCAACGAUUUACUUUUGAAAACCAUGUUCUUGAAAAAGCCAGACUCAACAUCUGAUUCAUGUUGGUCAGCAUUGAUAUGUAUUCUUCAAAUUGAACCGAUGCCCAUCAGCGAACCAUGUAUAGCACGUUGUCGAACUGGAGCUUGUGAUGAAAUAAUUAAAAGUACAUGUCCAGAUAUGCUUUAUCUACCAACCGUUCCAAUUAUUUUUAAUGAAGUCUACUUUGUAUACAAAAAAGAGAACACACGAUUCUCCAUGUUAUCAGCACCUGCACCCGACUAUGUCUGUUUCAAAGGUCAACUUUGUAGGGAAUUCUUCUCGAAAUACAAGCAUAUCCUAUUGCAAAAUACAACAUGUUAUAGUCCUACGUCUUUAGGAUUGAGAUAUUUUCGAAGUAGAGGUACGUGGGUUCAUCUAUAUGUUACACCUCUAUUAAAGUUACUUCAUAAAUGCUAUACAAUAGUGAACAUUAGUUCAACACUGUGCAAUCGAUCAACUAUGUACCAAUGUGUGAACUCAUCAAAAUGCAUAAAUCAAGAUCGUCUAAACGAUGGUAUUGUAGAUUGCUUUUAUCUUGAUGAUGAACAAUUCGAUGUACCCAAUAAUACUUAUUCAAUAGAACGAGUACAAAAACGUUUCAAAUGCCAAAACACAAACCAGUAUAUUUCUUAUCGACUUAUCAAUGAUGGUAAAUGUCACUGUAAUGAAUACGAGAAGGGAUUAUGUGAUGACGAAUUUUCCAACGUUCACUUUUCGCGAAGUCAUAUUUCAUUUCAGACAAUAUGCGAUGGUUUUACUGAAUUGAUACCGAUAGUUAUUGAUGGAAGAAAUGAAACAGAUGAAACAGAUUGUGAACAAUGGUACUGCAAUAAUACAUACACACGCUGUAAUGGCUUUUGGAACUGUCUCAAUGGAGCCGAUGAAGUCGAUUGUGAUUUACAACCAUUAUUAACUUGCCCACUUCUUCAUCACAUUUGUGUUUCAAAUCAAACGAAACAGCUUACAUGUUUGCCUAUCAAGAAAGCCAAUGAUGGCAAUAUAGAUUGCAUUGGUGCCACUGAUGAACCUAUCUUAUGCCGAGAAAAACAGUAUAGACAUACUGAUACUUAUUUUUACUGUGGAAAAGACAGCCAAAGAACAUGUAUUUACUCUAGUUAUCUUUGUGAUCAUAAUGAUCAUUGUAAAUACAGAGAUGAUGAGCUAUUCUGUGAUGAAAAUCGUAACGUCACAGUUCGCAACACCAUCUGUGACAUGUGGAAUGUAGACAAGAGAUCUUAUGUGGAACAAUUCCUUUGUGAACAGCCACAAGAUACACAUAAACCAACUAUUGUGCAUUUUCAACUUAGUAGCGAUGGAAAUUCGAUUAAUAACGCAAAUAAAUCAAACGAAAACAGGAUUCAUACGCAUUUGUUCAGUCGUCAAGCUCGUCAAAAUUGUCAUCGAGGAUUUCCUUUACGCGUUUGGCUAGACAAAGACAGGAACUUAACCAUAACAACAUGCCUUUGCCCGCCAAGCUUCUAUGGCGACAUGUGUCAAUAUCAAAACCAACGCGUAAGUCUCACCCUACAAUUUCGAGCUUUAUCUGAUGCGUGGCGAACGCCUUUUGUUCUUGUCGUUCUUCUUAUCGAUGACAGCGAUGAAAAAACUAUUCAUUCUCAUGAACAAAUCACUUAUCUACCUAUCCGAGACUGUCAUGUCAAAUUCCAUGCUUAUUUGUUAUAUUUGUUACGACCGAAAAAUCCUUCAAGAAAUUAUUCAGUACAUAUCGAUAUCUAUGAAAAGUUCUCAUUGGCUUAUCGUGGCAGUUGGUUAUUAUCAUUGAGAUUUUCAUUCUUGCCCGUACACCGUCUUGUUGCGCAACUAGACAUCCCGCCUAAUUUUGUUAGCAUUGAACGUUGCUCAGAUAAAAGAUGUGUCCAUGGUUAUUGUACCAGAUAUUCGAAUAAACAGAAUAACUAUACUACUUUUUGUCGAUGCCAACAAGGAUGGUCUGGACAAUACUGUACUAUUCCACACACUUGCAAAUGCUCAGCAGAGUCACUCUGCAUUGGUCCCUUAGCUAAUAAUCGUUCAUUAUGUGUUUGUCCCACCAACCGCUUCGGUUCUCAAUGUUUGCUCAACAAUACGUUAUGUGAACUUGAUCCAAAUACAAAAUGUCUCAAUGGUGGACAAUGUAUUCCAGUCGGUGAACAUAUUGGAUCUGAAAGAAAAUUCAAGUGCAUUUGUUCGAAAGGUUUUUCGGGAAUUCAAUGUGAAGUAGCUGACACCAAAAUCAUUAUUUCAUUCCAUAAAAAUAUUCCGGUAUCACAAGCGAUGCUUAUACAUUUCAUUCGAGUUAUUAAUAAUACUUCACCUGAACGUGUAACCACAUUCAAAGCUAUACCUGUUCAUCAAAAUUCAAUUACGGUGUAUUGGUCCCAUCCAUUUCAUCUUAUCUUUCUCGAGCUGUUAAAUAAAAGUUAUUAUUUAGCUGUUGUUCAAAAACAGUUUCAAUCAUCGAUGCAAAUUCUUAAGAAAAUCGAUCCAUCAGAUCGUUGUGAACACAUCAAUGAUCUAUUCAAUGAAACAAUCAUCAAAUUACAUCUGAUUCGUCGGAUUAAAUACUAUCAUAUUCCAUGUCAAGAACAUUUCUCAAACUUAUCUUGCUUUUAUGAUGAUACUCAUCUAUGUUUGUGUGAAGAUUACGGUUCACGUCGGCUAGCUAAUUGUUUCGAAUUCGAUCAUCAGAUGAAAAUGGACUGUCUUGGUCAAAGUGGCUGUGAAAAUGGAGCUCAAUGUUUUCAAGAUAGUCCAAAUUGUGCGCAAACCUCAAUUUGCGUUUGUCCACCUUGUUUCUAUGGAGUAAGAUGUCAAUUUAGUACCAGUGGUUUCGGUCUGUCACUUGAUGCUAUUUUGGGUUAUCACAUUUUACCAAAUGUCAGCAUACUACAUCAGCCAUCUGCAGUACAGUUCAGUGUAGUUUUGACUAUCAUCAUGGUUGUAGUAGGACUGAUAAAUGGCGCAUUCUCUUUAAUCACUUUUCAAAAUAAGACGCUACGCGAAGCUGGUUGUGGUUCCUAUCUAAUAGGAUCAUCUAUUACUACUCUACUGACGAUGACUCUUUUUGGUUUGAAAUUUUGGAUACUUCUCAGUUCACAAAUGUCCCUAACAAUUAACAAAGUCUUCUUAUAUGCACAAUGUCUAAUGAUUGAUUUUCUUAUACGAAUUUGUCUCAGUAUGGAUCAGUGGUUGAAUGCAUGUGUAGCUGCUGAGCGAGCAAUAACUGCUUUGCAAAAAGCUCGGUUUAACAAGACGAAGAGCAAGACAAUAGCUAAAUAUGUCAUUAUUGCACUUUUUGUUUUGACAACUAGCACUGCUAUUCAUGAUCCAAUUCAUCGACGUCUUUUUGAUGAUAAAGAUAAUGACGAAAAACGAAUCUGGUGUAUUGUUACUUAUUCUCCUCGUCUCCAACAAUUUAAUUCGGCUAUUCACCUUUUUCAUUUUUUUGCUCCAUUCGUCAUCAAUCUAAUAUCGGCCGUGACAAUCCUCAGAACAAAAGCGAGACAAAGAGCCACCGUUCAGCCUCAUUGUACUUAUGGACAGCUGCUACGUGAACAAUUCCAACAACACAAUCGUCUUGUUAUAGCUCCAUUUAUUUUAGUCAUUCUUGCUUUUCCACGUGUUGUUAUUUCGUUUGUUUCAGGCUGUAUGAAAUCUGCUAAACAAUCAUGGGUAUUCCUUAUAGGAUAUUUUAUAUCAUUUUUUCCGCCGAUGUUUACAUUUUUAAUCUUCGUUUUACCAUCAAAAUUGUACACUGAAGAAUUUCGUAAAAGUGUAAAAAAAUGUUGGAAUAUGAUAAAAAUGUAA